AUAUCAUGAAAUUUUCAUCAUUUGUAUGUAGGUUUCAAACGACAUAUAAUAAAAAAAUUAAUAAUGCCGAAAAGAAAAAGAUAUAACGAUUUGAGUCGGUCUCAACAAUGGCGUCGGCGACAAAAUAUUGAUUGUGCAGUACAUACUAUUGAUACAGGCGAUACAUAUAAUAUUAAUUUAGACAUUGAGAUUCCUCAUGAAAUGUCUAAUGACAAUAUUCUUAUUGAAGAGAAUAGUAACAAUUAUUUGAAUAAUAAUAAUAUAUAUAUGUAUGGAGAUGUCGAAGAAUGCAAUCAAAGAAUUGAUUCUUAUUCAAAUUGUAGUUAUUCAGAAUCUGAUAUGGAAUUGAUUGCCGAAUGCAAUAAUCAAUGUUAUAAAGAUUUGAGUUUUAAUGUACAGAAAGAACUUGCAUUAUACAAAUUUCUUCGGACAUGGAGUCUUGAGUAUAAUAUUACUCAUGUGGCUCUAACAAAAUUGCUUCAAGGUCUCAAAAUCAAUGGAUAUGAAAAGCUUCCUUGUAAUGCGAGAACUUUAUUGGGAACUCCGAGAACAACAUCAAUAAUUAAGAAUCAUUCUGGUACUUUUUUAUUAUCAUGGAUUGCAGACAGCAUUGAAGAAUCAUUUACGAUAUAAUAAACCUCUCCAUGAACGUUGUGAAAAUGAAAUUAAAAUCAACUUAAGCAUUGACGGACUACCAUUGGCAAAGAGUUCUAAAUCGCAAUUUUGGUCACUUUUAGGGCAAAUUGUCCACGUUCAUUAUAGAGAAAUACCUUUUGUCAUUGGAGUAUUCCACGGAUAUUGUAAGCCGAAGAAACCGAAUGAGAUUAUUCAUCAAUUUAUUGAAGAAUAUAGUGAAAUUCAAAAUAAAGGAUUCUAAUAUCGAGGAAAAAAAUACAAAGUUUUAAUAAAUGCUAUAAUAUGCGACGCCCCGGCAAAAGCAUUCAUGAAAUGUAUUAAAAGUCAUACAGGAUAUUAUGGAUGCGAUAAAUGUGAAGAGGAAGGUGAAUGGAGGAACAAUCGAAUGUUAUUCCUUAAUGAAAAUGCUCCAUUACGGAUCAAAAUUUUUAUUACGACAUAAUGAAGAUCAUCAUGUGGAUAAUUCACCUUUUGAAAACAUUGGAUUGAAAAUGGUAACACAGUUCCCAUUAGAUUAUAUGCAUCUUGUUUGUCUCGGUAUCAUGAAAAGACUUAUAAAUAUGUGGAUCCGAGGAAUAAAGGGCAUUAAACUGCGUGCUUCUCAAAUUGAUCAAUUAUCUAUAGAUUUAAAGCAGUUAAUUAUACAUACCAGUUAACAUACAUACCUAGAGAAUUUUCUAGGAAACCAAGAGGUUUAGAUGAAUUAGAUCGCUGGAAAGCGACAGAAUUUAGACUGUUUCUCUUAUAUACUAGUCUAUCAAUUUUAUGGUCAUAUUUGCCAAAUGAUUAUUUGAGACAUUUUUAUUCUACAUUGUGCAAUUUAUAUUCUUUGUAAUCCUGCCGAUUGCGAAUACAAUAACGAAUAUGCACAUGAAUUAUUAGUACAUUUUGUACAAACAUUUAAAAUGUUAUAUUCUGAGAACUACGUUACAUACAAUGUACAUAACUUGGUUCAUUUACUUGUUGAUGUUAAGAAUCAUGGGUGUCUGGACAUGUUCAGUGCUUUUCCAUUCGAAAAUUAUUUUCAAGAAAUGAAACGAAUGCUACGAAAAAAUGCACAACCGUUACAACAAUUGCACAGACGAUUAAUGGAAAAAUGUCAAACUGUAAGAAAUAUUGGGUAUAAACCUGAAGCAUAUCCCAUUCUUCAAAAUGCCAAGAACGAAGAAUUAUUGUUUGGAUGCACACAAUCUCAUAAAGAAAUAAUAUUUGAAAAAUUUACACUAUCCUGCAUCAAAGAAGCCGAUUCUUAUUGUUAUAUGAAUAACAGAAAUGUUCUCAUGAUUGAAUAUAUUGGAAAAAAGAAUGGAGAAACAGUAAUACUUGGAAAAAAGUUAAAAAAUUUCGAUAAUAUAUCUUCAUAUCCAUGUGAUUCGCGAAAUUUGAAAAUCUAUGCCGGAAAUGAAUGGUCUGAAAUUGGAAUGUAUCCAAUAAGUCAAAUAAGCGCAAAAGCAAUGCGACUUCCUUACAAAGAUACAUUUUGUAUAAUUCCUAUUCUACAUACUAAUGAUUGAAAUGUAUUACGUCGUAUUUUGGGACGAAUACUGCCAAGUCGUUCCCGAUUCUUGGGUAAACUUUAAUGCAAAAACAUUUACGUUUCCAUUGUCUAAAAAAAAUAUUACCAAUACAAUAAAGAAGAAGAUAAGUCCUAGAAAUGAUUGGAACAUUAGUCAUUUUCAUAAAAUUUUAGGACCUUACAAUAUAUUUGAUAAAGCUCGGGAAGCAGAAAAAUCUUGUAUUGAUAUAUCCACUUCGGAUGAUAUUCAAUUUGCUUCUUUAAAUGAACCAAUCCAAACAUUGCCUCUGAAACGUUUGAUAACGAAAAAAAAAUUUUAUGAUGAUGAAUCGAAUAAUUACGUGAAUGAUUGUAAUAUUUCCAAGAAAUAUAAAUCAAAUCAACAUCCCCCAUUAAAUUAUAAAAUACACGAAGGGAUUGGAGCUACAUCUAUAAAUGUUGAACUUGAGAAAAAUUCAUUACAUUUUAGAUCAGUGAGUUCGGAAUAUAACGUGCAGAAGCGGGAGGAAGAUAAAAUUUUAUCCGUCAAAAAUAAUCCAUCUAAUUGCAAUGUCCCUUCACCUUUAAAUGAACACCAAUUUUCAAUUCAAGUUUUUCAUGAGGAUGAGCAAGAUGAUGAAGAGAUGACGGAUGAUACUAAUUCUCGUGAUUAUGAUCGGAACAUCGAUAAUAAGGAAAAUGAGAUAAUUGCGAUGAAGGCUCUCCCAAUUACAGAAAUGAAUGUAGACGAGGAUAUACAUAUAAUUAUAAGUUCUUUAUAUGAAAAAGUAGGUACUUUACAUCAAGACUUUCAACAAUUCAAAACAGAGAUAAAACACGAAGCAGCUAAAAAUAACACAAAAUUGAAAGAAAUAGUUGCUAUUUUAAGAGAAAGUUUCCAAAGAAAUGAAGAAAAUGAAGCAAUAACUAUGGAUUUAAUGCCUGAAUUUCCAAUGACAUCCGUCGAGGAAUACGUACAAUUUAAUGAAACAUUGAAAAAUGAUGAAGCAAUUCGUAAAUGUUUUGAAAAGAAAAUAAAGUGUAUUGGUGGUGACUCUACACAAAAAAUGAUCUCCAAUAUACUCACAUAUUGCAUAACAUUUGAUGUAGGACACAAGUUGACUUGGACUGGUGCAAAAAAUACUAUCGCAAUCGAAAAUACAACUUUUGCAAACAUUAUAGUUAGUACUGUCAAUCGUACAAAAGGAAAUGGACCUGACUGUACCAUUGCAUUGAUUGUCAAGCAUGUAAAAAACUGGCUGCAACAUGCAGGUGAUAAAAUGAGAUAUCGAAACAAAAAAGUGCAACAAUAA